CAUAACUUUCAUUCUUUGUUCUUUUGUCAGAUGUCUUUGCUGUACUGUUAAAUCUCAAUAAAUAAAAUCCAAAAUUUUGUAAGCCCCACAAGAUGUUUCAUAGUCUAAGCGUACUGCUGUUCAACACCUCCGAGAUCGAGAGGAAUCUCUUCAGCAUGGCCGAUGAUGUGUACCAAACCAUCGAGAUCUUCGAGCAGGCUGCCAAGUUCGAGGCCAGGAUCGGCAGACCCUUUGAGAUGCUGUCCAUGAUCUUCGACUGCCUUGUCUUCUUGGCUGUCGCCCUCGCGAUCGUUGCCCUGGUCCUGCAGAAGCGUUUCGAGAAGCUCUGGCAGUUGGCCAGGCUGAGCCACCUGAGGGAGCAGACGACGAACCUUAAGAAGAUCAACAAGAAGGAGACCCUCCCGGUGGCCAGGUCGUCCUCCGUUACGUCCCUGCCGGAAGUUAACGCAGAGCCGGAGGACGAUGGCAUUAGUAUUCCCAAAGACGAAACCAGUGACAAAGAGGAAGAUAAUAUCCUGGAGCAGAAGAACAUGUUUGGUACUUCCCGUUGGGCCAGAAACUGGCGAGUAUCGAUGAAAAUCCAGAAUUUCGGCUCGUUCUACGACACCUGGUUCCGCUAGAUGUAGAUGCGGAGAUCGUGUCCCAUUACCUGCACAUCGUGACGCCAAUCUAUUGAUUGAGGCUUUGCGGUUAGCGAUUUGAAUUGGUAAAAGGUGCCACAAAUUGGCUAAUUAAACACGAUAUAAAUAUGAAACUAAAUUGAAUAAGUGAACGCUGUCGACUCAUGGGCUUAAAAUGCUGUAUUACCUAAGGAAUUUAGCUUAUAUAGAAUAAAUACAAUAAAGUAGCAUCUUAGUCAUUUA